AUGUCUUUCUCUGUCCCUACACAUGCUACCCUCACUGUAACUGUGAAUUCCACACUCUCUUUCACCAAAACCCUCCCAUUUCUCAAACCUCGUUUCCCCUCCUAUAAAUCCAAAUCCCUCAUCUCUCACUGCUCCAUUUCCGAUCGCGAAGAGCACCGCUGGCUCCGCGAAGAACAGCGCUGGCUCCGCGAGGAGCAGCGGUGGAUUCGCGAGGAGAAUCGCUGGAAUCGCGAGCGCGAUGAGCUUCUCAGAGAGAUUUCCGAACUUAAACUUCAAAUCCAAUCCCUAGAGCGUCGGAUUCUAUCUUCAGCGUCAUCUUCGUCUGAUGCGGUUGCCAAUGUUGCAUCGCUGUUGCAGGUGUUGAAGGAUAAGAAUCUGGUUCUCCAGAGUGGCUCUAGUCAGCGGAGGCUGCUGUUUGAUGAAGAGGAGGAGAAGGAAACUGAAGAGGUUGUUGAGGAUGUCAAGGAGAUUGUGGUUGUUGAGGACCCUGUUGUUAGGGUUAAGAAGAGGACCUUUUUGCGAUCGGGUUCUGAAGGAGAAGAGGUUCAAAAGUUGCAGGAAGCCUUGCUAAAAUUGGGAUUUUAUUCCGGUGAGGAGGACAUGGAAUUCUCCAGCUUCUCAAGUGGAACUGAGCGUGCUGUCAAGACUUGGCAGGCUUCAGUAGGUCUCACUGAGGAUGGCAUUAUGACAUCUGAACUUCUUGACAGGCUAGAUUUGGAGAUAAGGACUACGGACAUAGGCAAUGCAAAGGAGACCAAAAAAUCUACUACUGUUCUUCCAAAGGAAGUUGAAAAUGGAGCUGCAGUUGCUUCUGCCACAGAAAUUUCUGAGGUUCAGCAAAACUUUGUGGGGAAAGUUGACGAAGGAACAGACGUAUCCCAUCCAAGAGUUUUCCUCCUUGGAGAAAAUCGGUGGGAAGAACCCUCAAGACUUUUAGCGAAGGGUGCAGUUGAUAAGGUGAAGAACAAAAAUGCAACAAUAAAAUGCCUUCAAUGUAGUGGGUUAGGUAUCUUGUUGUGUACAGAAUGUGAUGGAACUGGUGAGCCAAAUAUUGAACCUCAAUUUAUGGAAUGGGUGGGUGAGGAUACAAAAUGCCCAUAUUGUGAAGGCCUAGGGCAUACAAUUUGUGAUUUAUGUGGAGGGAAAACGAUGGUGUAG